ACGUCUUCUCUAAGAAAGGAAAUAAUUCAGAUGGAUCUAAAAUCUGCAUUAGAAAGAAAGCAAACUCUUCUUGUAAAAAUAAAUUUUUUCCCUCGGUGGUGGAAAAACAUAAGAGAAAAAAGUGAAAGAAGGAAGCAAUUGUGGAGUCGUCUGUCCCGCGGGUGCAGACGACCUGUCUUCAUCGCCAAACAACCUUCUAAAGAAGAUCACAAACAUUCACUACUUUCCCAUUAAUUUUUUAAAAAAAGUUUUGAUUUUUGAUAUUGUUUUGUUUCUGAUCCAUGGAGGUACCGAGUUCCUGGGAUGCCCUUCGCAAACAGGUUCCAAAUUUUCUAUUUUUUAUGCUUUGUUUUGCCAGAUCAUACUACGAAAUUAUGUUCUAAAUGAAGCAAUUGAUGUGGGUAUGCACAAUUCGAGUGUCCACUUCCCAAAGUUUUGAUUUUUUCUUUCUAGGACUUCUUCAUUUUGUCGGUGACAGGGAAUUCAUGGGAUGGUCUUCUAUCCUUUUGCUAUCUGUGCUUUGAACAUAGUUUGGUUUGUAGAUUUACAGGUUUUCGGUGGUGGUAUAUAUAUAAAAUGAUGAUGUCUUAGUUUGGUUUUUGAUUUCUUUUUUUUAAUUGAUUGAAUCAUGAGAUUUGAAAUGCUUUGGGUGAGGAUUUUGUCUCUAGAUUUAGGUUGAUUUGAUAUAGGACUGGAAGGUUAGAAACGUAUCUGAUUUGUUUAGGAAAUAAGGUUUUUGCAUUGGGAUCUACAUUCGUAGCGAGUGAGUUUGAGUUAAACCAACGAUCAUCAUUUAAAGGUACCUAAUCAAGGUUGUUGUAAUUAGUAACAGAAGGCUCUGUUGUAACCAUGGGAUCUUCAUCAUAGAUGGUGUAUGGAUGUUAUUUUGUGGUUUUACAACACAAGGACAAUGAUGUAAAAACUCUAGAAAAUAUGAAGUGAUUUUGAGGGAAUAAAUAGUUAAUUUAUAAGCUGUAACAAUUGUUGCUUUUGGUUCAUUGCGGCAUCUAACAAAUAAACAAACACUGGUGACAAAGUGGUCCAUGAUGGAACAAUUAAUACAAGCUGUUAAAUAUAUUAGUAAAAAAAAUCAGUGGAGGGGAUCAAUGACCUGUUAUGUGUCUGGGAUGUAGUGAUUCAAGGUUGUAGUAUAUUGCUAGUUAGCCCUAUCACUGAGAAGAUUGCCAGAAUCUAGAAUGCUAGAGGGGUUCACUAGAGUUGGCAGCCUCCGCAUGCAUGGAAUUCAUGUAUUCUGUUCACCCUCACACUUGAUCAACGUCUUCACCUGAAAAUUGCUACUCAUUCAGAACAUAAUGGAAGAGUUCCACUCCAAUCUGAAAGCUGCUGAGAACUGCAAAUUUGGCCAGAAACCAUCACUUUCUGGCUGGUCCCUUCAAUAAUGGCCAACACAAAGGCGUGCUACGAUUUGGGGUGGCACAGCUUGCCUGUAUCAAUGUCUCAUGCGGUGGGAAAUUUUCUAUGCAGAGCAAUUUGGGCGACAUUUGCAAAGUUUGAUGGGCAUGCAGAGAAGCUCUCUGAGAAAUACAAAACAAUGAAGUAGUGUUGUAUCUGUUGUUGAUCAUUGAUGACGACAAUGACAGUGUCGCAUCCAUUUUCUGUCCUUUGAAAUUUGCAUCCAAUCACAUCCUCCUUCAAUUGCUGCUGCCACGGCAUUUUGUCCAAGCCUCACCGAAUCUGCACCACCAUGUAACUGUGGUUUCCCUUUUGAACCUGGAGCUCCUCUGGCAAACCACCCUCAGUGAGCUGUCACCAUAACCCAUCCUCACCAUCUACUGUUGUCCGCCAUUCCUAACCCCAAAACAUGUGCCAUCAUCAACAAUAACAACGUUGUACAGGCCCACAGGCUUGGUGCUCAUCACCUUGCAUUAGUACCCAUUGCUUCACACACUGAUCCCUUCUUGUCGCAAGCCCAUCUCAAUCAUAGAGGCUAAGUUGUCAACCUUGAUAAGAGAUGAGAAAGUGGACUAUAAAACUCUAAAUUGAAAAAAUAAAAAUAAAAAAGUUGUUAGCUGUCAUUUUAGCUGGUCCAUGCCAAAAGCCAUCUUGGUUUAUAUGUAUAGAUGGUUGAAAUCUGUGGAUUUCUUUAGAUAGGCUUCUCAAUAUUUGGCCCCCUAUCCAUAUAAACAUGAAAUGGGGUAGAAUGGUAAAUUUGUCAGAACUUACAAAUUACAAUACAGAUGAGAAACCUUAGGUGUUUGGCAGCAUAAGUAUUUGCUAGAGUCCUCAUAGACUGCUUACCUAAUAUUGUGGAAUUGUAGUUGUGUAGACCAGUCACUCGUUUACAAGCUUCUAGCAUGCAAUUCAUGUGUGUGCAUUCUGGAGAAUAAGUUCCCCUAUCAUGGAAGAGUUGGGUAAUACAUAGUUUAUGCAUGUUUUUCAUAUUUUCUUAGGCCAAAUGAUUGAUAGCAGAAUUUCCCCCCAAUCUUUGCAGGCAAGAAAACUUGAAGCUCAGUUGGAUGAGCAAAUGAAUUCUUAUCGCAGAUUGGUUUCUGCUAAUGCUUCUACAAAAGCUGAUGCUGCAGAGAGUGAUCUUGAGUCUUGGAUUGAGCGAUUACUGAAACAACUCCAACAAGUAAACUCACAGAUGCAAGCUUGGGUAUCAUCUGGUGGUUCGGAAAUGGUUUCUCAUACUUUGACUAGACACCAAGAAAUUCUUCAAGAUCUCACCCAGGAGUUUUAUCGUCUUCGCUCAAGUCUUAAAGCUAAGCAAGAACAUGCUUCACUGUUAGAGGAUUUUAAAGAAUUUGAUCGUACAAGAUUAGACUUGGAAGAGGGUGCAGAAUCUGAGCAGCAUGCACUCCUAAAAGAGCAUGCAUCUAUCAGCCGAAGUACAGGACAUAUGGACACUGUUAUCUCACAAGCACAAGCAACUCUAGGAGCACUUGUGUUCCAGCGUUCAACGUUCGGUGGCAUCAAUUCAAAGCUCAGCAAUGUGAGCAGUCGCCUCCCUACGGUAAAUAACAUACUUUCAGCAAUAAAGAGAAAAAAGUCAAUGGAUACCCUUAUACUUUCCCUUGUUGCAUCCGUAUGCACAUUUCUCAUAUUCAUCUACUGGCUAACCAAAUGAGGGUGUUGAUUUUGGAGGGUGCUCAACUUGUGUAAUCUGCUGUAUGCUCCUUGUCUAUUGGCUUUGUAGCUUGUGUCAUGCUGCCGUCACAUUUUUCAGGCUAGUGUAUUGUUCAUUUGAUUGUUUAUCCCUGUAAAGAUCAGAAAAUUACCCCCAAAAAAUUUUUCGCUGUUCCAUAUCUUGGUUCCGAUUUCAUAGAUCACAGCAUGUAGUAAGCGGAAAAAUAUCAAAUAAACUUCAGCGUGCAUUCUUGCUUCAAUUAAUUUUAAAAGAAAUCGUUUUUAU